CGACACUCCGGGGGCCAGGGGCACCAGGCACUAGCAGCAUGGAGCUAAAGAGGGGAAAGACCUUCAUUAAAUCCAGCUUGCAGAUUUCCCAUGAGAAGCCCUCAGAUUCAGCAGCUGCUGCUCCAGUCAGGGAGGAUGCAGGCCCCUGGUCAGUCACGCAGGGAGGGCAGCAGAGGCUCCUUGGUGAAAAGGGCUCCCAGGCCAGUCCUUGUGCCCAAGGGCAUGACAGAUGCCCCAACCAGGGGAGUCACCCCAACCUCGAUGGGGGUUCUGUGGCCCUCUGUGGGGCCACCUUCAAAAUGGUUCGGAAGAGCAAGACUCAUGACAGUGUUCUAGGAGCCAGCAAGGCAGUCACCACCACAGGGCAGCUGGUGGACAGCCCGAGCUUCCCAGGGCCUCCCAGUGGCCCGCACAUGAUCGACUACCGCCACUUUGUGCCCCAGGUUCCUUUUGUGCCAGCUGUGGCCAAAAGCAUCCCAAGGAAAAGGAUUUCACUGAGAAGACCCAAGAAGUGUUUCCGGAACCUAUUCCACAUCCGCAGAAACAAGACAGAGAACCUGGCCACGCUGGCAGGCAAGGGAAAGAGCCUAUCCUCCCCUGGAGGCCCAUCAGUUGCUUCAGGGCAACACAGCAAAGCUUUCUUCUCCCUGGGGGAGGGCCUGGGGCUGGACAGCCUGAGCCAGGACCUGUCUGACAGUGAGCUCCUGCCCGACUCUCUGGACUUAUGCCGGGUCUUGUGUGAGGACGUGGCCUCCCUCAAGAGCUUUGACUCACUUACAGGCUGCGGGGAGAUCUUUGCAGAUGAGAGCUCAGUGCCAUCCCUAGAGCUGAGUGACAGCCCCGAGAGCCCAACCCGGGUGCCUCAGGCCCUGGAGAGCAAGGCUUCUCGGGGCCCCUCUCAGGGUAGUGUGGAGCAGCUGGCAUCGCCCACCCAGAAUGAAGUUUCUGACUUCACUAAGUUCUGGGACAGUAUGAAUCACUCAGUGCGGCAGCAGCAGUGUGCCCUGCUGGGACCAUGGCUGGCGGGCCCUCAGGGGAUGGACACAGCCUUGCCCAGACCUGAUGCAGCAGGGCUGGCCGAACUGCCCCUGUUUCCCUAUAGGGGCCCUCCCAGUGGCUCCAAAGCCAGCUCCAUAGACACAGGUACUCCCAAAAGUGAGCAGCCAGAAUCUGUGUCCACAAGUGAUGAGGGCUACUAUGACUCCUUCUCACCAGGCCUUGAGGAAGACAAGAAGGAGGCCCCAAGCCCCAGCACACCUGCAGCUACCUUUCCCAGGGACAGCUACAGUGGGGAUGCCCUCUAUGAGCUGUUUUAUGACUCCACCGAGGGCCCUGCAGGCCAAAGCCUGGAUGAUGACCUCUGUGUGUCUGAGAGUCUGUCAGGGCCAGCCCUGGGGACACCGCUGUCCAUGUGCAGCUUCCAUGUGGGGGCUGAGGAGAACCUGGCCCCAGCACCAGGCCCCGAUCUGCUCAGCCAGGGCUUCCUACAGAGCUCAUGGAAGGGCAAGGAAUGCCUGCUGAAGCUCUGCGACACAGAACUGGCCAUCACCAUGGGCAUUGUUAACUGGCUCCGCCGUACCCCUCCUGCCACCACCUCUUCCCCUGGGGAGCCCAAAGACCCAUUUGGCCCUCAAAGGGGCCCCUGGGGACAAGAGGAUACACUAGAGGGUAAGAGUGGCCAGGUCCCAGAUGCACAGGCCACAGUGUGCUCAGCACCCAGCAGGAAGGAGCUGAAGGCACAGCUGGGCACCCUAGGUCUACCUGAUGGAGAGAGUGAGGUUCCGGGGAGGACUGGAAAGGACCUCAUGACCCCACCCAGGGGUUCCCCCUCUGAGGAAGGGAUACUAGGCCACCCUGUGGGCUCACUUUCCUCUGUGGAUUCUCCAGUCAUUGCAGCAAGAGAUAUUUCUGGGAAAAGCAAGGCUCCAAGCCGACUUGUCUGGCCCAAUUCACAGCAGCGGAUGGGGCCAUCUGGAGAUCUGAGGCAUUGCCAAGAGCCCUGGAGACCAGGUUACAGAGGGAGGACUCUAGAGGCACGGCCAGUUCUGGCAGGCUGUUUGACCCACGGGGCAGCCCUGCAAAUCCAUUCGGAUGGCCAGCCUCCAAGGCAGAACAUAGGCAGUGGGCUUUUCAGGCAGCCUCAGGCUUGGAACCCUGACUUUCCGCAGCAGAAACAGACUAGCAGCUCCCCUAGUGGGGUCAAUGUCUGUUGCCUACCCUCCUUGCCCAGCUCACAAGACCAGAAGCAUCCGGACAUCAUCUUCAACCUGAGCCAACUUAGGUUGGACCCCACCAAGCUGGGUGCACAGGCCUAUACCCCCAUGGAAAACCUGAACCCACAGCUCAGGCCCAAGGCUGCAGAGCAGGCAACACACAGGGCUUGUCUGGACUGUGGGCCUCCCUCAGUCCCUGGUGCCCAGCAGAGCCCCUGAGACUACUCCCCAGAAAUCAUGAGCCUCACUCUGGAUGGCCAGGGGUAGAGGGCUCCUCUACAAGUGUCCCAAAAUGAUGCUGCAGAUUCCUGGCCUGGCUAGCUGGAAGUGGAGCCCCCCCACAAGGCCAGUCAUGGCCAAGCCUCACUGAGAGGACAGGCUCAACUCUUACCAUAAACUGCAUCUCUAUGGCCAUAUUCAGCAGAUUCUAGGACCCAAAUCUCGCUGUUUUUCUCUUGAUAAAAGGACUGUGUUGGGGGAAAUGGGGGCAGGACUCAGGCUAGCAGGAGGUGGGAUAUUUCCACGUGGAGGCACCCUAAGUGGAACCUGAGGCCAAAGACAAGCUCAGAGCUGCAAACACCUCACUGUUCCUCACCCAGCAUGUCAGAGAGGAGCUCACAUCUGCGACUGAUGGAAAGUAAAUGGUCCACAUUAUAAAUGUCAGGGUGAUAGUGUCGAUCUGUUGGCUUGGAUUGUCUGAGAAGGGUGAAGUGCAAGGCUCAGCCAUCCUAUGAACUGUCUUCCAGUUCUUGGGAGCACAAUGCAAAAUCAGCCCCAUCUCAGCAAAAGCCUCAUGCCAGCCAGCAUCAGGCAUUACUCUGAAACCCUGUCAGGGCUGGCCAGACCCUAUUGAUGGGUUUUGUGGAAUUCUCUGCCACAAAUCAUCUUGUGCAACCAAUGAUUAUCCUCCAUUUGCAUUUUCUAACUGGAGCCAUGGAUAGAAGAUCAGUCUUUAGGAAGAACCCCAUUAAUUCUUUCCUCUCUGCCAUCCUGCCUUCAAGUGGCAAAAGUGACCCCGCCCCUCCACAUUGUUAAUAUCUCCAUCCUUCAGGAAAACUCACUUCAAAUAGCCUUGUACACUCCCCAAAGCUGUAACAGAUGGACAGCACCUAAUGUUCAGAACUCUAAGGGGAGAAGGCAACUUGUGUCCCCAGAAAGGGCAGGUGUCCUUUCUGGCCCAGCACCAGGGCAGCAGGUGCAGGGACAGAUGGCCUAUUCCCUUCCUCUGUGAUUAGAGUCUACCUCAGCCAUAACACUGCCAUGGAAGCAAAGGGCAGAAUGCUACAGGCAUCUGUGAAAUUUGUUUUUAGGGGAAAUGGAGUACAUUGGGUCACUGGCGAACUGCUAGAGAAGUCACCCUUCAUGAAGAGCUCUCAAAGGGAGGGAAGGGAGAUGCAUCCGCUCUGCCAGGGGAAGAAGGCAGGGGAGGAAUUUCAGUCCAAGCUACAGCCCCACAAGCUGGCAAGGCUCAGUGCCUCUCAUGGUGCUGACAUUUGACUUCAGUCUGGAAAUGCUUCUGUGGCCAUCAUUCGUGGCAGUGCUAAAGCUGGCUGUGUGCAAGAUGCAGGCUGUGUACAUCCUAGGUGCAAAGAGUAUGGCAAGGUUCCAGACCAGUCCCUGCAGACCUGGGAUACAGAGGAGUAUUGACACCAGCUCUUCUGUGAGGCCACUUCUGGUUCCUUCUCCUAGGACUUCCCCAAACACAAUCACAACCACAUUACUGAGCCUAGCUGUGAGAAGGCAACACGUGGAUCAGCCUGCCCGACCCUCACAUCAGCCUAAAUGCUUUUCUUAUCCUCACUUUUCAGACCUAGAAACCAAGAUGUAGAUGGCCCAUGUCCAGUGCAUGUGGUUGGCGAGGUUUGGAUCUUGCCUCUAGCUACAACCUCCUGCUCUUCAGCUCUGGAACUGCUCCCUGAGUCCCAUAGCGAAUGCUUCCCUUGGACCCUUCCUCCUCUUUUUUCUUUCAGACUGCCGAUCUGAGCCCCCUAGGGUGCUCACUGCAUGUCCUUUCGUGAGCAGGCUGAGUGCCUGGGGGGAGACCCCUGCCCUUAGUCACGGACCUGUGUCUUUGUACUGUACCUGACAGACCAAGUGCUCAGUGAAUACUCAUUGAAAGAAUGGAAUGUUGAAGAAUGGUUCUCUGAUUUCUUCUUGACUGUGAGCCUUGUGCCUGGAGUAAAACAGAAUAGAGAUUUGAAUCCAACACUGCUUGACAACUAAAUACCUCUCCCUCAGCAGGGGCCAGUGUCCUUAGCAUGCCUUGUGACCCAGUGCUUCACGGUGAUGGGGUAGAACCCAUCCAGGCCCAAGAGCAAAAGGACAGGAUCCAAGGUGACCCAGGCUGGACAGGAAGCCUGGGGUGGGUUGGGCGGGUGGAGGUACCCAGGACCCGGGGCCAUGACAAGUUGUGAUCUACAAUGCCCUAGGAGCAGGGCAAUGGAAACACAGAACCAGGGUCAUGCCAAUGGGAAAAGAAUUGUGGGCCAGGUGGCUCUGCACUUUAACACUUUAAACAAACCCCAAACCCAGACAUUUCCACUCUCUGGGUAGGGGUCCCAGGCCCCUCUCUAGGAGAAUGGAGGAGGGUGGUAUGACCUUUCUUGGAUGAUUUCUCUCUCCACAGCCUGCUACUCAGGCUCCCCUCCCCAGUAAGAGGGCCCAGGCAAUGCCAGCCUAGCCAGGCUUUGGAGGCCUCAGGAUGGUGCACUGUGAAGAAAGAAAGGACUUCUGGUCCAGCUGAGAUUCUUAAUCUAGCUCUAGGAAUGGAAGAGGCCUUGCCAGGCAUUUUAGAAGUGCUAGUUACUUUAACCAUCUUGGAAACAGGCUUCUCCUUGCAAAAUGAAACCCUGGGAAGUAAGUCCAGCUGUGGCAUGGAGCCCGAGGCUGCACGGUGGUGAGGGUGGCCAAAGCAGCCAGGGCUUCACAGAAGAGCUGGGAAGCUGGAUCUACUAGGGAGUCCAGGUGAGCCAGUGAGUGAGGGGCAGGGUUACCCUGGAACUAGGCUGCGGGGGCUUGGGGUGGGGCUGGCAAAAAGGUGGAGACCUUGAAAGGGAGAAGGGACUUGGGCCAGGACGGCUGAGAAGAGCCUGCAGACUAUGUCACAAAAGGCUUCUCAUCUUUCCUGGUUUCCUAUUUCCUCUUAUUUUCUGUAAUGGCAAAAAAAUUCAUGGGCUAAAAACUAAAAAGCCACAGGAAAAAAAAUGGUGAAAAUCAAAUUUCCAUUCUUCCUCCUUCACCCCUCUGUUGUUACAAAAUUUAUUCACACUGACUACAAUCAAUCCAAACAACACGAAGUGGAGCAUCUCCUCCUCACACUCAGGUGUGAAUUCUCACAUCCUUUCUAGGUCCCUUCAGUCCUUUUUCCUACCCAGUUCCCCCCACCUCAUCGUAGCACCACCCCCUUCCUCUGAACAAGGGACAAAAUCCAGUCUGUAGCAAUUAAUCUAAAUAGACUCCAGUCAUUGAAUAUUCAAGUUUUUUCCUGUUUCUACUGUCACAAACAGUGCUGCACUCCUUUGUUCCCUAAAUGUUUUCUAUUAAAGUUUUCUUAGAAAGUGUGAAAACAAAACUUACCUUAACAAUUAAAAAAUGUGUUUCUCAUGACCAAUGUUUUCUGCUUCCAUAUGACCCACUCCACCACCCAUCCUUCUUUGAUUCUGAAGGCGGGGCCUUCUGGCACAAUGGGAAUAGAAACAAGACCAUGAUAAGGACUGUGAGCAAGCACACAGGCAAAGCUUUGUUGGAAGGGUUUUGCUUCCAGGAGAGGAGGCCAAUAGAUAAAGAAAGUCAGGCUGGCCAGCCUCUUGACAAAGAAGAAGCGAGCUGUCUAUCGUGGGUUACUGUGGUGGACUAAUGUCCUGGAACUGUCACUGGCCCUGGGCAGCUUCAAAGGUAUUUUCUUUUCCUGUGCAAAUAUCUCAGCCUUGAGAAAUGGAUGGCCAGCUUAUCACAGGACCAAGUGCAUUUGUUCCAUCAAUGACAUCAUCUUGCACAAACAUGAUGGCCCUGUGAUAAAGACGGGCCACUACAAUUGCUCAGGGAACACACAGGUAGUGGCAGUGAUGGUGCUGGUGGUGACGGUGAUGAUAUGGGGUGGAAGAACAAAGCAUGCUUUUAGCAAGUAACAGGAUAAGACCCCAGCAUUCAUUUGUCCCCUGUCUCUCUGCAGUGACCCCCAUCUAGUUCAUUCUCAAACAUGCUAUAGCAAAGGCAUCUUAGCUUUAAUGAUACACCUGGUUUUGAGAUUGAUGUUUCAAAGAAUGAGGCAUGGAAAAGAACACACAUCGCACUUUCGAUAGGUCGCAAGCCCUGAAUUAAUGCCCAAGAGGGCACCUGCUCUUUGUCCUCCUGAUGUUCCCUAUCUGUCUCAUGUCGAAACCUGGACUCCAUGCUCACAAAAAUAUAUCACACAUCUUGUGAUUGAGAGGGAAGUGGUUGCUUUUUGUUACUACGUGUGAAGACUUUAGAAUUCAUCAUCCCAUUCUUUAAGAAAAUCACUUUCUUUGCUGGACCCAUCAGAGAAUGGGAGUCCUGGGUACAUGGUCUCCCAUAAACCUAGAGAAUCAGAGACAUCUAGACAAAUGCAAGAACCGAGGUCUGUGGCUGGUGAAAAUGUCUAAAGAUGCCAAGAGUUGGUGGGGAUACACAAAUAAAAAAUCCUAACAAGCUGUUGCCUUCUGUGGAGGGGGAGGUUGGGAAGCCUCAGGAGCUUUGCAGGUUGGGGAUCACAGAAAGAUCUCCCUACUCUACAAUGAGAAGGCACUGUGAAACCCCUAACCUUUGUCCUUAAUAGAGGCCUCUCAUCCAGGGAAGGGCUUCCCAGGGUCUGUGUUGAAAUCUUUUUCAAGCUGAAAAAAAAGGACCUCACCCCGCCACCAGUCUUCCUAACCUUCCUGUCUUACCUAAGGAAAAAUAAUUAGAUAAAGAGAUAGUCUAAAAAAGAAAGAGCAAAGUGAAAAGAUACUGGACACACUGAUCCAGGAGGGACUAGGGUCAGAUGUUAGCCUCCAUCCAGGCAUAGCUCUUACAGACUAAUGCCCAUUUGGAAGACUGGGGAGCAUCCGUCCCCUCCCCACCUUGGCCAUAACUGCUAUCACCACAGCAACAAGGUCCAGUAAUGAGAACAGUGUAUUCUAUCUAAAAAUUCUACGAUAGAAGCUCUGAGCACCUGAACACAGAAAGUCAAGAAAGAAGGCAGGAAAGAGUAAGUGCAUUUGAGGUAUUAGGGGCCUGGUGCCAGGAGCUACUACGACAAAUAUUAAUACAGCAUCCUUACCCAUUAACAGGGAGAAGGUCCUGCUCAGUGGCUGAGUGCUUUCCUGCCAUGUGCCAAACCCUGCCGUCCGUCCCUAAAACCACCAAAGUCCAUUGACUACAGUACCUAUAGCCCUAUUUUGUCUGU